CUGAUGGAGUCUGUGUGUUUAAAUGCUUGGUUAACAGAGACACUGAAUACUGUCGUGUGGGAAAACAGUCUGUGUUAAUUACCCUGGGAUACAACAGUGCCUUGCUCCAGUUCAAGUCAGAACAUGAAUACAACACAUUUUCAAAUUCACUGAAGAGGUGCCAUAGCCAAAAGGAGAAAUCUGUGUUUAGUGAGCAAACAGAUGAAGCAUCUGCUGUUGAGUAUUUUCAAUUUUAUGGCUGGCUGUCUCAACAACAGAAUAUGAUGCAGGAUUUUGUGAGGACAGACACUUAUCACAGAGCUAUCCUACAGAACCGCAUAGAUUUUACAGACAAGGUAGUCCUAGAUGCUGGCUGUGGAUCAGGAAUCCUUUUAUUUUUUGCAGUGCAGGCUGGAGCUAGAAGAGUCUAUGCAGUUGAAGCCAGCUCAAUGGCAAAAUAUGCAGAGCUGUUGGUGAGAAGCAACAACCUUUCUGACAAGAUCACAGUUCUGUCUGGAAAAAUUGAGGAGAUCUCCUUGCCUGAGAGUGUUGAUGUGGUAGUUUCUGAACCGAUGGGUUAUAUGCUGUUCAAUGAAAGGAUGUUGGAAAGUUACCUCCAUUCCAAAAAAUGGUUGAAGUCAAAUGGAAUUAUGUUCCCAACACACAGUGACGUUCACUUGGCUCCUUUUUCUGAUGAGCAGCUGUACAUGGAACACUACUCCAGAGCCAAUUUUUGGUACCAGGAAUGCUUUUAUGGGGUGAACCUGUCCAGUCUGCACAGUGCAGCUGUGGAUGAGUAUUUCCAACAACCCAUUGUGGAUGCUUUUGAUGUGAGAAUUCUGAUGGCCCGGUCAGUGAAGUACACCAUUAACUUCAUGGAAGCUGCUGAAGAAGAUUUACAUAGAGUGGAAAUCCCUUUUGUUUUUGAAAUUAAGCAAUCUGGACUAAUCCAUGGCCUGGCCUUCUGGUUUGAUGUGGCAUUUGUAGGAUCACUGGUAACUGUUUGGUUGUCCACUGCACCGUCAGAACCUCUCACUCACUGGUAUCAAGUACGCUGCCUUCUCCAGACGCCCCUCUUUGCUAAAGAGGGGGAAACUCUCUCAGGGAAAGCCUUAUUUGUUGCCAAUGAGUGACAAAGUUAUGAUAUUGAGAUUGUGGCUAUGGUGGACCAGACAGGAUUCAAAUCUGGUAACAUUCUUGAUUUAAAGAACCCAUUUUUUAG